AUGCGCUCACUUAUCUGCAAGCGAUUUUACUCAACACCCAGCUACUUUGUUCAAAGAACGACCAACAAGGGUCUCCCUGUAUAUACAGAUUAUAAAAAUGGAGGCACUCGUGUUUUAACCGUGAUUCGAAAGGUGCAGGGAGACACUGCAGCACUAAUGAAAGACAUACAGAAAGACUUUCCCGAGGCUGUUAUGCAGAUCAACCACAGAACACAACAUCUCUUCAUCAAGGGCCGAUGUAUGAACGAAAUGAAAGAAUGGUUAAUAAGUAAAGGUUUUUAG